AUGGCCCGCUCAACGCCGCGACAGCCUCUCGUCGCCAUACUCGGCACGACGGGCACCGGCAAGUCCCAACUUGCUGUGGACCUGGCUAGUCGCUUCAACGGCGAGAUCAUCAAUGGCGACGCUAUGCAACUUUACAAAGGUCUACCAAUCAUCACGAACAAAAUACCACUUGAGGAACGGAAUGGCAUACCGCACCAUCUACUCGGCUGCAUUGGGCGUGAUGAGGAAACGUGGACGGUAUCGCGCUUCGUCAAGAAGGCGCUAAACGUCAUUGAAGAGAUCAGGUCAAGAGGCAGAUUGCCGAUACUUGUUGGAGGGACCCAUUACUACACGCAGUCGUUGCUAUUCAAGGACGGGCUGGCGGAUGAAGACGUGGAGUCUGGCCGGGAGAAUGAAGGCGCAACAGAAGCGCAGAAACCCUUUGCGAUCCUGGAGGGGCCUACGGAGGCCAUUCUGGAGAUGCUAAGGGAGGUUGAUCCCGUGAUGGCAGAUCGCUGGCAUCCGAACGAGCGUCGCAAGAUUCAGCGGUCGCUGGAAAUAUGGCUCAAGACUGGCAAAAGAGCAUCACAGGUCUACGAGGAACAGCAAAGAAGAAAGCAGAUCGGUGAUCCGGCCGGGGAGACGGUUGUCAGUGGAGAAGGGUUGACAGCUACUUGGAUGAGAUUCCCCACCCUCAUGCUCUGGGUACAUUCAUCUACGGAGACACUCUACGCGCGGCUAGAUGCGCGAGUUGACAAAAUGAUCCAGGAUGGCCUGUUAGCCGAGGUGAACGAACUGGACGAGUAUCUUCAAGCACAAGAGGCCACAGGCAACACUGUAGAUCGGACCCGCGGAAUAUGGGUCUCUAUCGGAUACAAAGAGUUCGAAGGCUAUCAAACCGCGCUUAGAACAGGAAAUAGUACGGAAGAGGAACUGAGCAAGCUCAAGAUGGAAGCCAUCGAAAGGACACAGGCUGCAACGAGACAAUACGCAAAGCGACAAGUAAAGUGGAUUCGGACAAAACUACUGCACGCCUUGACCGCCGCGCAAUCAAGCGACAAGCUCUUUCUGCUCGAUGGCUCAGAUCUAGCAGCAUGGAGAGAAAACGUGGAAUGUCCAGCUUUCGACCUGACAGCCUCGUUCCUAGAAAAUGCCGCGCUGCCAAAGCCACGUUCUUUGUCUGGAUCAGCUGCCGACAUGCUGGUUCCGAAGACGGAAUAUGAUAUGAGCCAGCGCCAAGAUUUGUGGAAGCGGAGGACUUGCGACGCGUGCAAUAUCACGGCAGUCACGGAGAGCGACUGGAAUCAGCAUACCAAGAGCCGCAGCCACCGGAGAGCUGUCAGCUCAAAGAAGCGAAAGGAUGAUCUGUCGGUAGACCUGCUGCGGGCCAAGGGGGCCCAGAAAGCUAGCACCGACCACUUGGAGGGAUCUAUAGAAUCUUUUGACACAAUAACGAUCGAAGUCAAUUGA